CAAAUAUCAUAGAAAUUGGAAAUUAUGGAAAGUGGACAAGAGAGGUGAUAUGGGACUGAAGAGCAGGUCUGGUGGAGGAAUACUCUUGAUGAUGAGUGAUUGCCUUUUGUGAAUCUGAAGCCGUCCUUGAAGGAGUAUACUCAAGAACAGCUUAAGAAAAAAGAUGCUGUUAUUCAGUUUAAUUUCUCUGAUGAUGAUGUUUUUCGCACUCUUAAGGAAAAGCCUUCUCCAGUGUUCAAUAUUGGCAAGUUAGUGUACAAUACCAAGGACGAUAAGUGGUAUAAGGUGCUGGAUUUGAAGACUGAUGACAACUCAAACCCCACUUGGGUAAGCUUGACUAAGAGGAAUGGGACAAAAACCAUUGAAAUUUCUAAACAUGAAGAAUUCGAUCAAUUUCAAAGCUCAUUGAACAUUUUACUCAACAUCAACUUUGCUUCAGAGGAAAAUGCUAUCGUGGAAGUCAGUCCAAAAAUCUAUGAAAAACUAGAGAUAGCGUUAGAAAAUCCUCUUGAAGGCGUUGCAACUACUUUAAGUUCUUGCAAGUUAUUUUUUAAUGGGAAAGAAGUAGACAAGGAAGACUGCAUUGCUAAUAUUGAUAAUAUCUUUGAGGGUUCAACCAUCUAUGCUUCAGAAGGAGUUGGGAAGCCCUUUAAGUUCUCAAGGUUUCCAGAGUUCCACAGCACUUAUCCUUGGUCUAAUUCUGGAAGAUACUCUGAUGGUCUCGCAUUUAUUCCUUCUCAAAACAUUAGGCUCUGUGGAUUCUCAACCUGUGCUGCUAAGGAUGAAAGCCAAUAUGAGAUGAAGUAUCAAGUCACAGUCGAUGGCACUGAAGUGGAGAAAGAGAUCAUUGUUGCCUCAGGGUGGGAAGAUGAGUAUUAUUACAGACAUAGACUAAAUGGAAUAUACCCAGUAAUGGCUGGCCAAAAGUUCGAGAUCAUUGUCUGGAUUGCUAAAAGUCUAGCUAGCAACACAGAAGUCGCUACCUGUAGAGGGGCCAGAGGUGAGGAAUACGACAAAGUUGAGAACGAACACAUGGGGCUUUUCAAGCUCGAGUAUGCCAGCAGCAGUGAUAAUGGAACUUCAAUCGACUGUGGACACUUCCCUGAGAUCUUUUAUUUCCUUGGAUAA